AUGGACAGGAAUCCGGUGAUACAAGCACUCAAUCGAAGUGAAGUUCACACCCACAGUCACCAAUCAGGAAACCACGAACAGGAAUCCGGUGACACUUCAAGAAGGAAUAGCAGAGCCUUCGGAGUCAAACAGUGUGUGAAAACUACCCUUACGUUUGAAAGACUUGUAGCAGGGAUAAAAAGGAGUGGAAGUCAUUGGGAAGGAGGGUGGAGCAUUGAAGUCGGAGGUGGGAAUCGAGGAGACGGGCGGCGGAAAAAGGAGUGCGGCCAAGAUUUUCCAGACGACGAAGCUACAGACAACAGUUUGAAAGGCCGAAUUCACAACGUAGUAAAUGAAGCAGAAAAAAUCAACUGCUUCUUAGAGUGGGAGAGAAAUCACAUUCGUUUCAGAGACAAGUGGAGAUUUUUACCAGCCGAGUUCGCUAUGUUCAAGUCCAGACUCCACUUCAUAAACCACUUGAAAAAGAUGGGAAGUGAAAUUGACUCGAUCAUGGUGGAGGCAACUGCAGCUACAAAAAAAACAAAUGAUCCAGCCAAUUAUGGGAUCAUCGAGCGUGAGGAUGAUGGUGGAUCUGUUGAUCGUGAGGAGGAUCGUGAGAAGGAGGAGGAUAAAGAAACUAAAGAAAGUGAAGAGAAAAUUGGUUUAUUCGAGUUUGAUAAUCUGAAACAGAAGGAUAAUAAAUAUAUGGAAAGGAUCAAUGAAAUAGAUAAAAAACUUGAGGAGAAACUGGCUGUGUUGGAUUAUACUUUUGGAAGGAAGGGGAAACUAUUGGAGGAGGAAAUUAGAGAUCUUGCGGAAGAGAGGAACGCAUUGAUCGAACAGAAGAGACAGCCUCUUUAUAGGAAGGGAUUUGAUGUUAGGCUGGUUGAUGUGAAUAGGACGUGUAAAGUUACAAAGGGUGGACAAGUUAUCAAAUACACUGCAAUGUUAGCUUGUGGGAACUACAAUGGAGUUAUUGGUUUUGCUAAAGCAAAGGCUCCUGCAGUUCCGAUUGCACUUCAAAAGGCAUAUGAGAAGUGCUUUCAGAAUCUGCACUAUGUAGAGCGGCAUGAGGAUCAUACAAUUGCACAUGCAAUUCAGACAUCGUAUAAAAAGACUAAGAUAUAUCUUUGGCCAGCUCCUACACAAUCAGGGAUGAAGGCAGGCAGAACUGUGGAGUUGAUUCUUAACUUAGCUGGUUACAGGAAUGUGAAAUCAAAGGUUGUUGGUUCAAGGAAUCCCCACAACACUGUGAAGGCUCUCUUCAAGGCUUUAAAUGCGAUUGAAACUCCCAAAGAUGUUCAGGAAAAGUUUGGCCGAACUGUGGUUGAAUCAUAUCUACUGUGAUAGGUUACAUAGGUUUACAAAGAAACAACAUUAUCUGUGGAUAGAUUAAUCUCUUGAGCAUUUGGGAUGGCCAAGCUGAUAUUUUCUGAAUCGAGGUUACUUAAUAGGGAAAACAAACGACGCAGUGCCGGUGGCAAAAAGAUGCUGAAAGGAGAACCACUUUGCUUUUGUUUUUGAAAUGUGGAAUCAAAAUUGCUGAAAUUGAGGAGCAUAAUCAAUAAAAUGCUUUUAGUUUUGCAUAGUGAACUAUUCAUACCAAAAUCAUUUUUCUUGAUGCAGUUGCAUAUUUUAGUUGAUUAUGGUUUUAGGCUUAUGCUCUUUCUCUGUCUCUCAUGAAUUGUGUUGAGGAUAGGAAAUAACAUUGAUAUGGGCACUUAAUUUGUAAGAUUUA